AUGACUACAAAAGAAGUUACUCCAUCAGAUGUGGUACCUGGAGCACCAGGUGUACCUUAUUUUACACCAGAACAGCCGGUAGCUGCUGGUACAUUUCAUUCCUGGGAAGAUGGAUCUGACAAGCCUCCACCAACAAUUUUCAAACCAUUGAAAGUUGGCCCUUUAACUUUACAAAAUAGAAUUGGAGUAAGUCCAAUGUGUAUGUACAGUGCUGCAUCUGACGCGAAAGCUACACCAUUUCAUUUAAUUCAUUAUGGAGCUUUAGCUACUAGAGGACCUGGUAUUACAUUUGUGGAAUCUACAGCUGUUAGUAGUGACGGUAGAUUAAGUUAUAAUGAUUUGGGAAUAUGGAAUGAUGAACAAGCUGAAAGUUUAAAACCAAUUGUUGAUUAUGCUCAUACUCAAAAACAAUUCAUUGGAAUUCAACUUGGACAUGGAGGAAGAAAGUCAAAUGGUCAACCAAUUUAUCUUCAUCUUGAACAAGCAGCAGAAAACAAUGGGAAAUUAGAAGAUGUGAAAGCUCCAUCUGCGAUACCAUUCAGACCAUAUGGGAACUUACCAACUCCAAAAGAAUUGACUAAAGAAGAGAUUAAAAAAAUAAUUGAAGAUUUCGGAGAUGCAGCUAAAAGAGCUGUCGAAAUUAGUGGUUUUGAUGCAAUUUCUAUCCACCUGGCCCAUGGAUAUUUGAACAACGAAUUCCUCAGUAAGAUUUCAAAUAAAAGAACAGAUGAAUAUGGUGGAUCAUUUGAAAAUAGAAUUAGAUUUUUAUCAGAAGUAAUUGAUAAUGUUAAAUCAAAAAUAGACACUAAAAAAGUGGCAAUAUUUGUUAGAAUUUCAGCUCAAGAAAAUAGUACUGAUCCAGAUUCAUGGAAUAUUGAAGAUAGUAAAAAAUUAGCUGAUUUGUUUAUUGAAAAAGGAAUUAAUGCUGUCACUACUUCCUCGGGAGGUAACGACUACCGUCAACCUCCUCGUUCUGGUAUUAAACAUACUGAACCUAUUCACGUCCCAUUAGCAAGAGAACUUAAAAAACAUGUCGGUGAUAAACUUCUUGUUUCAUGUGUUGGAGGAUUAGAUGAAAAUGUGGAGCAAACCACGGAAUUUAUUCAAAAUGAUACAUUUGAUCUUGCAUUAAUUGGUAGAGGUUUUCUCAAAAAUCCAGGAUUAGUUUGGAGUGGUUUUGCUGAUAAAUUGGGUGUUAGAUUAUACGAAGCUUUACAAUUAGGUUGGGGAUAUUGGCCAAACAAGCAACAAAUUACAGAUUUAAUUCAAAGAACUGAAAAGGAGGCUUCAAAGGAAAAGGCCUAG